AUGAACGAAAUCAGCACGUUUCAUUAUAAUCGCGUCCAAAUCGAACAAUUCCUUCAAGUUGAUGUCGAGAAGUUCGACGAGGCGAUCAGUCAGUACAUGCUGACUCGUUUCUACAAUUUGAGCCGUAGACAAGCUAAAAACAAGGUUCUCACGUUGGUCUCAAAAAUCGAAUAUCUCGAUAUGCUCUAUUCGCAAAUCGGAAGCGUUAAAAUCGAAACGUCGUAUCAAUAUAUUCAAAAUGCCUGCAAUGCCAAUAAUGUUGACUGUCCAUUCCUCUCAUUGACAGAAUACCAGGACUUUCUUCUCAGCUGCCCGUUCAUUUUCCGCUAUGUGCCGAAUAUCAUCGAUCCGAAGAGCACGACACACUCGUACCGAAGAUUUGUUCAGCAUCUCGGUAAGAAGCUAAUGAACGAUGAGCCGGUUAAGGAUUCGAAUAUCGUGCAAAUAAUCGAUGAGUUCUUCAAAGAUAUCGAAGAUACGACCGAGAAGAACUGCAUGACAUUCGAGAAGGAUUCGCUGUAUUUGGAUUUCGAGAAUCUCGAAACUCUUGCUGCCAAUGCGAACUCCCUAUUCGAAUACGGCAAGAAUCAAAUUCGAAUUUAA